AUGAACCUCAAAGCCACUAAAGUGGCACGAUGCAAUGCACUUGGGCUUGCCAAGGGACACCGUGACCUUGCGAUACUCACACAGGAGCCCGCAGACUAUGAAGAUGUGAUGGAUCACACAGAACUAGGAGGUCUUCCUCCUACCAUUGAAUUUCUCAGCCGACAGCUUCUAGAAGCCAGUGGAACACGGAACUGGGAAAACACCUGUAUUGUGGACAUGAGAUCAUUUCGCAGCUCUCGGCUCCGCAAUUCAGACAUCUUAGACUCGGUGCGAGCAGAAAAUGAUUCCUUGUCCUAUGAUGCCACCGAAGAAAUGGUCGAGAUUCUGCAACCUGACGUCCUCGUUGUGUGCCAAACUGCCACCGCAUCUGUUCUUCAUGGAUUUGCGCGACGCAUGUCAUCUUCCAUUCAAGCUAGCGGGCGAAUCUCUCUUCACAAACUUCGAAAUGUGAAGCAGGUCCUCGUUGUCAACGGUUUACAUCCGAUGUACGCCUUGAAGUUUGCAGAAGGGUUAGGUCCUGAGGUUGCUCAGCUACGCCAAGCUAUCAUCAGGUUCAAUAUUCUGCAAGCUGUUAACCUUCUGGCAGGACGGGUCAUUGUGGGGAAUGGAGAGUAUAAGCUUCGCGACGCCGUUUGGGCAGCCAGCCGCAACCCUCCCUGUCUGCUCUCCAGCGGAAGACUAGAUCCUCACCUUGAUGACAGAUUCAAAGGAGUGUUUCUAGCGGAUAAUGCGACCCCCGAAAUGAAGCAGCUUUGGGCCGAGGCCGCCGAAAAGAAAAGCGAUGAAGAACGGACUGCGUACACUCGGUUUGUGAGCAUAGUUCAACGACUCCGAAACAAUGCGAAUGAGACGGUGGAGGACGCUACCUUCACCUCUUUACAAGGACUCCGAGAGGCUUUGCCGCUGUCAGACUGA